AUGGCAGAGAAAGAAGAUCAAUUGGACAGCCAAGACGUUUUGUCUUUGGUAUCAAAUAGUUUGAGGACAACGAAGGCUCUAUUUGGCCCUGAAUUCGCGUCUGCACCUACCUUUGAGAAAACUCUUGGACAAAGCACCAAAAGAAGCUUUAAGGAGUCAUUUGAAUAUGGAAAUAUUAUAGAAGACUUUAAUUAUAGAAGGAAAAAUGCUACUGUUAAAGAAAAAGCUCUUGAAUACGCUCCUAGCAAUGCUCUCGCUGUCGCGACGAACCCUAAUGGUCCAUCUGAGCAAGCACUAAUUCGUCAGCAAGGCAGCUUUCAGGGUAAUAAAUCCGUCGCGGGUCAAGUUCCUAUGCAGUCAUUAGAGAAGAUCAAUAACGUUCCCGAUGCUGCUCAUCGACUUGCGCAGGAAUCGCAAGCAUCGUUGGUAAAGAGAACAUUAGCCGAGCAAAUCCGUCCAGAGUGGCAUCCUCCUUGGAAGCUAAUGCGUGUCAUAAGUGGUCACUUGGGAUGGGUUCGUUGUGUGGACGUCGAACCCGGUAAUGAAUGGUUUUGUACUGGCGCGGGUGAUAGAACUAUUAAGAUUUGGGAUCUUGCUUCUGGAACAUUAAAACUUACUUUAACUGGUCAUAUUGCUGGUGUUCGUGGUCUUGCUGUAUCACCUAGACAUCCUUAUUUAUUCUCCUGCGGUGAAGAUAAAAUGGUGAAAUGUUGGGAUCUUGAAACCAACAAGGUGAUCCGUCAUUAUCAUGGACAUCUUUCAGGUGUUUAUGCUUUAAGUCUUCAUCCUACUCUCGAUGUGCUAAUUACCGCUGGCCGUGAUGCAGUUGCUCGAGUUUGGGAUAUGAGAACUCGCCAGAAUGUUCAUGUUCUCGCUGGCCACAAGUCUACAGUUUCAUCCUUGGCUUGUCAGGAAUAUGAUCCUCAAGUAGUUACUGGAUCCAUGGAUUCAACUGUUCGCUUGUGGGACCUGGCAGCUGGUAAAACAAUGACCACCCUUACACAUCAUAAAAAAACUGUUAGAGCUCUCGCCCUACAUCCUCAAGAAUUUACUUUUGCCAGUGGCUCUUCUGAUAAUAUUAAACAUUGGAAGUUUCCUGAAGGAGCUUUUAUGGGGAAUUUUGAAGGUCAUAAUGCGAUCGUUAACAGCUUGUCAAUUAAUCCGGAUAAUACCAUGUUUUCUGGAGCUGAUAAUGGAAGCAUGUGCUUUUGGGAUUGGAAAUCUGGCCACAAAUAUCAAGAGUUACAGGCAACUGUUCAACCCGGUUCUUUGGAUAGUGAGGCUGGAAUAUUCGCUAGCACCUUUGACAAAACCGGUCUUCGUUUAAUUACUUGUGAAGCCGAUAAAAGUAUAAAGAUCUAUAAACAAGAUGAAGAUGCUACCCCAGAAACACAUCCUAAUUUGCCAUGGACACCUUCUAAUUUGCGGCGGCGUUAUUAA